AAGGGCGCGGAGCCGCCGCCGCCGGCCCUAUGGAGCGGGCGCUCUUCGCCUGGGGUGCAAACAGCUAUGGACAACUUGGUCUUGGUCAUAAAGAGGAUACGCUAGCACCUCAGUCACUGAAAGAUGUUUCCUGCAAAUGUCAAGGCUUUAAAAGCAUUACUGGAGGAGGAGGACACUCUGCGCUUAUCACUGAUGCUGGAGAGCUCUUUGUAUGUGGCCGUAACAAAGAAGGACAGUUGGGACUGAAUCACUCGGAGGAUGUACUGUGUUUUACUUUGUGCACUGCCCUGUCUGGCUUUUGUGUUACACAAAUUGCUUGUGGUUGGGACUUUACAAUCAUAUUAGUAGGAACUGGCCUGGUUCUCUCCUGUGGGUCUAACUCUUUUGGACAACUAGGAGUUCCUCAAAUUUCAGGUCCUUGCUUGAUUCCACUAAAGAUUGAGUCCAUGAAAGAGAAGGUAGUGGAUAUUUCUGCAGGACUGAGGCAUGCCCUUGCUGCUACAGAGAGCGGUUUGGUGUUUCAGUGGGGAACUGGCAUGGCAUCUCGGGCAAAGCGCACAAGCCAAGGAAAAACUCUCCCCCUGUUCUUGACAGCAAAGGAACCCUGUGGGGUAACAGGCCUGGAAGAUAUAAAGGUGAAGAGAGUUGCUGCGGGUACCUACCAUUCGGUGUCACUCACAGAUGAAGGAUGCCUGUAUGUCUGGGGUAGCAACAAACACGGGCAGCUAGUGAGCAAAGAGAUCUUUCUUCUUGAGCCCAAGAAAAUAGAGACUCAUUUUUUUUCACAUGAAAAGAUUGGAGCCGUUUGGAGUGGAUGGGCACACUUGGUGGCACAAACAGAAACUGGCAAGAUAUUCACUUGGGGUAGAGCAGACUAUGGGCAACUUGGAAGGUGUGCAGUGGUUCCCGAUGAACAGGAGGUGUGCAGAGCAUCGGAACAACACUUGGAGCGGUUAUGUAACAUCCCUAUUUCAGUGCCUUGCCUGGAGGGAGCAUCUCAGAUCGCAUGUGGCUCAGAGCAUAAUCUGGCAGUAGUUGGUGGCUGCUGCUUCUCCUGGGGAUGGAAUGAACAUGGGAUGUGCGGUGAUGGCACAGAAGCGAACGUCCAUGUCCCGAAGCUGGUCGAAGCUCUUGGUCACGCGGAGCAGAUGAUAGUUGGGUGUGGGGCAGGGCACUCCAUGGCUUUCUGUCAAACUCCGCAUUAGACUCGUCACGUCAGGAACCGCAGCGUCACGGAUGGGAACGUCUUUGCAAAGGGUGGCUCAGGAGGGCUGCGAGAGGAUUACCUAUAAUUGACACAACAGUCUGAAGAUGCAGAAGUAGUUUGUUCCAAAGCUAAAAGGAAUGAUACUCAUAAAGCUAUUUUAUAAAGACAAACUGCAUAUAUAUAUAUGUGUGUGUGUAUGUGUGUAUACAUAUAUACACACAUAUAUGUAUGCGUUUUUUUAAUUAUUUCAUGAAUUCUUUUCACAGGAAUUGUACUCACAGGUAGAAUGACAAACAUUUUGCUCUGAUGCAAUACCAGUGAAGAAGUAAUGAGUUUUUCUUUGUCUUUUGAGAUGUUUUUGGAGGAGGAAACUGACUGCCUAAUCACUGAUCAUUAGAGUUGAAAUUUGGUCUGACGAGCUAGUUAGUGUGAAGAAGUGAACAUUCAGGGAUACUUUUACUCUUUUAAUUUUGUGUGUUUGUGUCAUGAUGAACAUGUGUAGCACCUCCCAGCUUCUACCAUAGUGAACUCCCAGAAUCGCUGAAAAUCCCAUUUGCAUCACAGUAGUGUCACUGGAUGUAAAUAUAUACAUGCAUGUAUUUUAAACAGAAGAUCAGAAUUGAAAAGAAUAAAGGAGGUGUAAUUUAGAAGUCUGACAAAAGGAGAAAGUUCUGAAACUAACUAUAUCUUGAUUAAACUGUGAAAGGAGCAGCAAUUAUAAGGAACUAUAUUCUGUACCAGGCAUCCGUUUAUUACAGAUUUUCAGGGAUGCAGCUCCAUCAUAAUUAUUGGUAAGUUGCAAACCUGACCUAAAGUUUUUGAAGCUACUGCUUGGAGAAGAAAAACCUUUUAGAGUUUUUGGAAACUAUAGAAAACUUGUCAAAGUGCAUAAGUCAACUGUAGCUAUUAAGGACAGCUGGAUCCAACAUAGCUCCUGUGGUUCUAGCUGCCUUUGAAAAGGAAGACCUCCCAGUCUGAAAGGAAAGUUUCUAUCAGUUCUCUACCCUAAAGAGCCUUAUGCAGCUCACAAGGAUCCUGAUAAUUUCAGACUAGUUCUCACCUCUGUUUCUCAGCCCAGCUGAGUUACUGUUCAGAGCAUGCUCACAAUACUUUUUCCAGGUAAGUGCUUGGCAGAGGGAAUAAAGGCCUAACAUUUGUUUUGGUGGGCGAAAUGGAAAAGUGCAAGAUACUUUCAGAUAUUACUAAGUACUUAUACUAAAGAGAAUUUUGGAAGCUAGUUAUAAAACUUUCUCACAUAAACACUGUGGAUGCUGGAUGUUUACCACCCACGAUAGUUAAAUUUUCUGUGGUAUUUGGUGUAUUCAGAGCUCUAAAUAGAAAAUACUACUGUGUGCUAAACGCACCUUUUAAUGAGACCCACUGUUGCUAAACAGUGGUUUAAUUUUUAAAGCAAGCUUGCCAGGAAAGGAGCCUUACAAAAUGCUAGGAGAAGGACUCUUAGAAAAUAGGACAGGAGAACUUUCUAAUGAUGUAUCAGUUCAGUCAUGAGGAGGAGAAAUUAUGGUAGUAAUAUGCUCUGUGAGGAUAUUUUUUCCCCUUAGUUUUACAGUAGUCGUAGUUCAUGGCCUUAUUUUCAGAUACACUUUCUUUUCUGUUGAAUAGAGAAAAAACUCAAGCUGACUAUGGAGCUGAUUAUAACUGCAUUAAAGACAUUGAAAGAAACAUGAAAAUAGUAACAAAAUGGGUCCUCUGCAAAAAAUGUGGAAAUUGAGCCUUUUAUUGUGAUUUUUCUUUUUUUAAUCCCUGUGUUGGUUGUGGCUGUUCAUGGUAAUAUAUUAUUCCAUGCUGCUACCUCUUGCACUUUUUCUUGCAUGAUGAGGUUCUAUUUAUUGACUCUCCUCUUUGCUAUUUUGCAGAUACAGCAGUGUAGCAGUGUCUGAUAUAUGCACUGAACGGUUUUGCAUACUUUUCUGGCUGUUGUCUUUGAGGCUUUUACCUGCUUUUAACGCCAAAAUCCAUGUACUAAAUAAAUGUGUUACCCUGUUUCAGUAAUCCUGGCCUCUAAAUAGUUUUAUUUCUGUUUUUAACAGCUGGUAUGUGUCCCCUCAAACCUAAGAGCUACUAUAUUGAGCAUGUUUUGAUUGUAUAUGCUGCUGCUGCAGUGCAGUUCAGAGAAACCCAACAAAUUAUGUAACAAAUAAAUGCAACUUGGUUGUAUGAAAUGUUUAUUUUUUCAGAUCAAUAAAAUAAAAAUGCUUUUGAAAUCUAAAGAA